AUGCCUUUCCAGGACGAUAGUCGGGGCGACGAAGAGAAGCUCAACCCUUCCGAAGGGCAUCUGCUUCUAGGUGAGGAUAGCUACAGCGCCGAUGAACACGUCAAACAUCAGCCUGUGAGGCAUUGGCGACAGGGACUUCGACCGUUCCAUGUUCAUGGCAUCUUGAUCUUUCUUUACUCCGUCUUAUACGUAGCUUUGGUCAUUCCUACUGCCCUAAGAACCGUACCCGGCCGUGAUCCAGAAGAGCCACCUGAGGCCGGACAUAUACCUCUUCCCUCUCGUGAAGCCCUGAUAUGGGAAAAACGGAGGUUCCCAACCGAUAUCACCGACAACCCUCUCGCCGGAGACCCCCGGCCAGAGCUGGACGAAGCAUGGCAUCGACUUCUUCUGAAUGAUAAUAUUCUGGUCCCCAAGGACUACCUGGACGAGCUCAACUUGACGUCCAUCUAUACAAGGGAUGGGUUGCACGGGGUUGCCUCCCUCAGUGUUUAUCACUGCUUGCAUUGUCUAAAAAAGGUCAAGAGGAUGCUCUUCAAGGAGCAUUACCACAAGGGCAAGUCCGAAGAGGCCAUGGCACGGGAGGCCAAACAUGUUGAUCACUGCGUCGAAUACAUCCGGGAAGCCCUGAUGUGCCAGCCAGAUCUCUCCCUGGUUACUUUCCGCUGGAUCAACAACACCGCACAGCACGAGGAUAAAUCAGCCUUUUACCCGACAAACUUUGAUGUUUCUAUGCACACUUGUGCCAGAUGGGAGCCGCUUGACGAGUGGGCGGGCGGGCGUAGGUUCAACUUGUUUGAUGUGGAUCUGCUUCAACGACCACAACCAGAUGGCCACACAUGA